AUGGCAGACUGGAAGAUCCCAGUUAACUACAACUACAACCCGUCCUACCACGCGUACGCAUAUGGUCUCAUGUACCAAACGGGAUCCGAGCAAAAUAACUCAAACUUACCGGGUUGGGCCGAGGCCGCGUAUCAAACGGGGGCUAAUGGAGGCUACUAUUCGAAUCCGCAGCUCGCGGCGCCGCAGCAAGAAUCGCCACCCCGGAGCCCAGAACACAUCGCUGUAAAUAACGUCCAUUACCCAGGACCGGGUGUCCUGUAUUUUGGCGACUCUCACAUGCAGACCGGGCGGCUUUUCCUGUCCCACAACCGGACCGAACUUGAUGAAAGGAUUAAAGUUGAGCACGUAAAUAGCGACCCCCCAACAAGUGAUUCUGAGGCUCACACAUCGCCAGACUCUUGGAGUUCAGGGAGCAACAGAGGCUUUGUUCCUCAGACCCACCCUGCCGACUGGAAGCGGGACGAUCCGGGCGAGGAGACAGACGGCGGGAGCCCUGGAAACGUAUCCAGCUCUCUGCCUGAAGAAGACCCCAUUCCUCCGGGCGGCGAGGCGGUCAGUAACCCCGGACCCGUUCCCCUGUCGACAUCGAAGACGAAACCCAAGGCGCGGGCGGCCUUCUCCGAUAGCCAAAUGACCGCCCUGACCCACCGGUUCAGCAUGCAGAGAUACCUCACCCCGGUGGAGAUGAAAACGAUGGCAAGGCUGACCGGGCUGACGUACAAACAGGUGAAGACCUGGUUCCAGAACCGGAGGAUGAAGCUUAGGAGACACCAGAAGGACAAUAGCUGGGUGUCUGAGAGGUACACAGGCCCAGCAGGCUACCCCAGCACCCCCACAGGCCCAGCAGGCUACCCCAGCACCCCAACAGGCCCAGCAGGCUACCCCAGCACCCCCACAGCCAACCAGUUUCCAGCCGGUCCUCAGACUCCAGACUACUACACCCACCCGAUGAGGGAAUCAGGACAGAGCGUCUCCAAGCUGCCCUACUACCCCGGUCCUGGGGCCUACCCUGCCCCUCCUCCCCCCUCCCCCCAGCCCGGGCCCCGCUCCCUGGCCCCCUGCUGGCCUCGGCCCCCUGCUGUCACCCACUACCAGUACACCCACCCUGGCUACAGCCCCGCGGAGGCCGUCUCCAUCACCAGCAUGAACAGAGACGAGGGGAACCCUGUCCUCCCCGGGCCCCCCCACGAGGCCGGCCUUUAGACGCCAGGAACACCACACAUUUCCCUUGUGGUUUUUUUGCCUUGUAAAGUUUCCAUGGGCUGUUUACAAUGAAAUGGGUGUCAGUAGUUCUGCCAUCUAUUCAAUGGAGUGUUAAUGUUAGUGUCAUGAGCUAGGAGGUUUUUUUAUUGGUCAUAUCUUUUUAUAUUUGUAUACCAUGUCUAUCAAAGUUCUUACCAGAGUAUUUAUAGUGGAUGUGUUCUCUGCAGUGUGCCUGGAGCAGCUUGUUUAAUUCCAUCUAGACUUGUAUAAGGAACUGCCACACGUCUGAUGUGUACACAUCUUAUUGCACUGAAUGGUUGUCAUUCCAAGUCCCAAAGGUGAAAGAGCUGCUCCCCUUUCAGCUUAACAGGUUUUUAUUUGGGUUGGCUUAUUUUUUUUAAAUAUAAACCCUGGUUGGUUUCCCUUUUGUUGGAAACGGUUUUAAAUAAACAUCAAUGAUUUUGGCCUGGUGUUCAUAAGAUCUGAUUUGGAAUGUUUUUUUGUUUGUUUUUUACUCAAAUGGAAA